AUGUUUGCCCUUGUAGAAAUUUCAAGCCGGGCAGCUUGCCGGAGCAGAGAGCUCAGAAGGUCCCGGACGCUGAAAGGGCAGCAGGAGUUCCCCGAGCCUGUUCCACCCCUCUGCUGCUGCUCCCCGCAACUCUCCUCCCUCCUCACCUCUGACUCGUGCCUCCUCGUCUCGGUUAUAGAAUAUCAUUCCCUCAGCCCAAUUUCGCAGGUUCAACUCCCAGCUUUAUCACCUUCCUUUUCGGCUGCAGAGGAGGAGGACCCCCGGAUUGAGGCGUCAUGGGACUCCUCUGAGGCUGCAGAGGAGUCUUCCGAGCCUGCAGUUGGCUCCUUUGAGGCAGAAGAAAUCUCGUACGAGGCUGCAGGGUACUCCUCGGAAACCUCAGAGGAGUUUUCUGGAGCUGCGGAUGACUUCCCUGUGCCUGCAGAGGCAUCCACUGAGGCUCCGUUUGAAAUGUCAAACAAGGACGUACGGAUGGAGUGUGACAGGGUGAGUGUUGGCAGCAUCGUCGCCAGCACGAUUAGCAUGGUGGACAGCAGCUGCAAGACGCUUCUCAGCAGCAGCUUUGGUAACGCGACGCGUCUUUACAGCAGUGGAGAUUACGUGGACUACAGCAAAAGCUUCACUUUUACUGUGCCUUGGGCAGCAGUGACCAGAGAGGCCGUCAGUGCUGGUCACAGGAAGCUUAAGAAGGGCAACAAUGGUGACUUGAAGCGGGAGCCCAACCAAGUGUUGAAGUCAGCAGCGACUACAGAGCUGGCUGCAAGCAAGUGCAUGGUCUCGAGAAUGGCAUUGGCUAGCUUGAAGCUGCUGCCUACGCGCAUUCCCAAGCCUGGCAGCGCACGUGCUCCUGCUUUGAAGACCCUUGCUGCGGAGGAGAGGAAGGUUCUGCUUGAAUCAGUGUGUUCGCGCAUUCCCAAGCCUAGGAGCGCACGUGCUCCUGAUGUGAAGACCGUUGCAGUGGAGGAGAAGAAGGUUCUGCAUGGAUUUGUGUGCUCUGAAAAGGGUGGGGGAUCCGAACAACAAAUCAGGAGGAGGCAGGAGAGAGUUGACAUUGUGAAAUCUGAGGGGAAGAAAGGCAAUGUGAGGGUGACAAGGGUGGCUGCAGUGAGGCCUCCCUGGCGGCCUUGA